AUAGUCCAUCAGUCUAGAGUAGACUUCAGUCACAGACUCACAGUGAAACUUAUUAGUAGUAGACCAUGGCUCCGACAAUAGAUCUCUACGUGAGCUACAACUCUCAACCUUGUCGAUCGGUUGGGCUGUUGUGCAAGGCGAUAGAUGCGCCCCAUACAGAACAUCAAUUGGAUCUUAUGAAGAAGGAACACAAAGCACCCGAAUUCCUGAAAAUUAAUCCGUUCGGAAAAGUACCCAGCGUCAAGGUUGGAAAACUUAACCAUCAAUGAAAGUUGCUCUGCCAUGCGGUACAUAGCCAGCAAGUACGACAAGACUGGCCAGUGGUAUCCACAGGACCUAGACAUCAGAGUCAAGGUUGACGAGUACCUGGACUGGCAGCAUACAAACACAAGGAAACAUGGUGUUGGAUACUUCUACAAUCUGGUACUCGCUCCAAUAUUCACCAAAAAGCCAGUGGAUCGGGACUUGGUCAACGACCACAAGAAGGAACUGGCACGUGUAGAGAGAGAAUUCGUCAGCUAUUUUCUAAGUUCGAAACCCUUCAUCGCGGGAAAUCACGUGACGAUCGCUGAUCUCGCCGCUGCCUGUGAGUUCGAGCAGCCUCAGGCCGGAGGGUACGAAUUGUCCAAGCCCAUCACGGAGUACCUGAAGCGAGUCAAAGCCGCGGUAGGACCCUCCUAUGACGAACUCCACAAGGUUCUGUAUGACAACAUGAAAGGUAAAGUGUGAGCGACUAUAGUGUCAGAAAGAGACUCCUUUAACAUUCUUUAAUAAAAAAAACA